GAUAACCUCCCCGGUUUGGCAUUUGGAUUUGGGGACUGGUUCCUCAGAGUCUCAGACUGCCAUGAGACGGCUCUCUUCUUUAGCUUCUAGGGCAUCAGCUGCACUCAGUAAUCUCUCCCAGGAACGAUUGCAUCUGCAAAAAUUCAACAGAGCGAAGAUUCAACCAACGACCCAAUCGACAACAUCAGGUCGCGUUGAUCAAAGACGCACCAAUGACGACGUCGAAGCUAUUUCAACUUCAAGAGGUACUGUUGCUUCGAAACCAAGCCUAGUUUCAGUGGAAAAAACUCCACUUUCAGCUCAAAAUAACUUCAUUCCGGUUGAUCGUCAAUACGUUGCUCGGAUUCUGUCUAGGAAUGACUGGUUUUUGUUACUGGACCAUGAGGUCAAGGCAAGACGGAUAAUUUUGAAUCCUCAAGCUGUGGUGAGUAUCUUGCAGAAUCAAGAAAACCCAUUGCAUGCUUUGAGAUUUUUUAUAUGGGUUUCGAAUUUCGACCCUUUAGUUUCUAGGAAUCAAUCCGUUAAGGGUGUUUUAUCUAAUGUUCUCCAUCGAGAAGGGCCGGUUGUUUUGUCUAUUGAAUUGCUUCAGGAUAUUAAAAACUCAGGUUUUCGAGUCUCGGAGGAAUUGCUCUGUAUCUUGAUUGGUAGUUGGGGAAGAUUAGGAUUGGCCAAGUACUGUGCUGAUAUAUUUGGGCAGAUUUCGUUUUUGGGGAUUAGCCCGAGUACAAGGUUGUACAACUCAGUCAUUGAUGCAUUGGUUAAAUCUAAUUCCCUUGACUUAGCAUAUUUGAAAUUCCAACAGAUGUCUGCUGAUGGUUGCAAGCCAGAUAGGUUUACUUACAAUAUACUUAUACAUGGAGUUUGUAGAAUUGGCGUGGUUGAUGAGGCACUUCGGUUGGUGAAACAGAUGGAGACGUCAGGACAUUCACCUAACGUGCAUACAUAUACAAUUCUAAUUGAUGGCUUUUGUAAUGCAAAGAGGGUAGAUGAAGUCUUCAGGCUUGUGGAGACAAUGAAGCAGAAGAAUGUGUAUCCGAAUGAAGCUACCAUUAGAUCAUUGAUUCAAGGAGUGUUUCGUUGCACAGCCCCAAUUAAGGCAUUUGAGUUGUUAAUAGGCUAUAUGGAGAAAAAUCCCAUCUUGCAGAAGUUCACUUGUGACACUCUCCUGUGCUGCCUUUGUAAUUGCUUUAUGGCAAGAGAGGCAGCUGUCUUUUUGAGGAAAAUUAGUGAGAGAGGAUACUUGCCUGACAGUUCGACAUUUGACAUUAUACUAACUUGUUUUAUAAAGAAAUUGGAUAUUGAUGAGACAUGUGAAAUAUUGGAUAAUUUUCUUAAGCGGGGUGUGAAGGUAGGGUUUAAUACUUACAUUGUGCUAAUUGAAGCAUUACACAAUGCAGGAAAACAUGUUGAGGGGGAUCGGUACUACGAGCUGAUGAUUAAGGAUGGACUUCUGUCAAAUGUUUUCUCGUGUAACAUGGUUAUUGAUUGCUUUUGCAAAGUCAAUAUGAUGGGCAGGGCUGCAAAUACUUUAAGAGAGAUGCAACAUACAGGUAUUGCUCCUAAUCGUGUUACUUUCAAUACCCUCAUUAGUGGGUACUGCAAGGAUGGAGAGGUUCGUAAAGCACAAGAGCUGUUGGAGAUGCUUCUAAAACAUGGAUUUCUACCAGAUAUCUUCACUUUUACUUCCAUAAUUGAUGGUCUUUGUCGAGCACACCGUAUUGAGGAUGCUUUUGGUUGUUUCACUGAAAUGGUUGAGUGGGGUGUCAACCCAAAUGCUGUCACAUACAAUAUAUUAAUAUACUCUCUCUGUGUGGCUGGGGAUAUUGGUAAGUCAAUGAAACUAGUAAGAAAGAUGAAAGCAAACGGUGUAAGCCCAGAUAUUUUUUCUUUCAAUGCUCUGAUUCAAAGCUUCUGUCGGAUGAAUAAAGUUGAGAAAGCAAAGGAUGUGUUCAUUUCCGUGUUGACAUUGGGUUUGAAUCCUGAUAACUAUACAUACACUUCUUUAAUCAAGGCACUGUGUGAAUCCGGGAAAUUUGAUGAAGCUAAGAAGUUGUUUCUUUCAAUGGAAGCAAAUAAUUGUUUUCCUGAUUCUUAUACAUGCAAUUUAUUUUUGGACCAUCUACUCAAGCAAGCUCACUUUGAGGAUGCCAAUGAGAUAGCAAAAAGAUGCAAGGAGAAGGGAAUUUUGGUGAAACCCAUUCCUCUCCCUUAGGACUGUUUUCUUGUUGGUUCUGGAGUUGGCUGUUUGUUGAGAUUAUCUUCUUUAGCAGAUACUGCCAUCUGCACAUGCGUUUGUGUAAUCACAUCGAGUACAGGCUCAGCUCCGUGACCUUGUAUUUCUCCCUAUUUGCAUUAUCAUUCAGGAGGAAAAUUUUCCUGUAUAAAGUAUUCCUAUUGGGGUGCGUCUUUUGACCGAGAUGAAUGGAAUUGGUUGUCGAGACACCCAGUGGAUGUGGCUUUUUUUUUUUUUUUUUUUGCUUCAGAU